GUCCUGAGUUCAAAUCCCCGCAACCAUAUGGUGGCUUACAACCAUCUAAUGGGAUCCAAUGUCCUCUUCUGGUGUGUCUGAAGACAGUGACAGUGUACUUAUAUAUAAUAAAUAAAUAAAUCUUUAAAAAAAAAGAAAAAAGCCUACAGUGAUCUGUCUCAAAAGCAGUAGAGUGAAAGUAACCCCUCCCAGAAUGAAUUAUGUGUUUAAACACUCACCUCUCAUUGUUGUAUUUCUUUAAUGCAUGUGGAAUCUUUAGUAGGCAGAGCCUUUCCGGAGGAAGUGCAUCACUGGGGAUAAGAUUAGAGUGUCUAGAGCCUCAUUUUUAGUCCAUUGUGUCUCCUUUUCUGUGGAUGAAAGUGACCAGUCAGCUUCCAUCAUGUAGUCCCUUGGCUUAAAUAUCAUUAUAUACUUAGUGCUAAAUAUCAAGAUACAAUAAAAGCAUUGAGGUUUCAUUGCUAAGCCAUUUGCUUCCCUGUUUUUUUAUUUCUUUGUUUGUUUUGCUUUUCUUUAUUUUGUUUGUUUUGCAGGGAUGGGAACAGGGUCUUAAAAAUGUAUUGCAGGCUGUUCUGGAUUUCAUUCUAUAGGCCAGUCUUGUCUCCAGCUCACUGUGAUCAAUCUGCCUCUUCCUUUGAGCUAAUGCAUGGUUAAAUGCAUGAACCAAUUGACCCAUUUGUCCAUACUUUUUGGUAGUAAAUUUGUUCAUACCAUAAUGUCUCUGAAACAGACUCAGUAUUGUUGAACAUUUUGUUUACCUGUGUAUAUAUGUCUGUUAAUAGACAUUUCCCUUGCAAUACUAUAUAUACAGGGGCUCGGAAAUGACAGAGGUGAAUCUUCUCUUCAGUUUCCUUCUAAAAUGACGUGGUGAUAACACUACAAUGUCCCUGUCAUGGGAUGUGUGGCAAGCACCAGCAUUAUACCAAUAUAUUCGUAAAAUUCUAUAAAAUUAUAAUGCUGUCAGUAUUGUGCUUUCUUAAAUACACAUUUAUGAAAUAUUUUAGGAAGCAGUGACAUAUAAUGAUGUUCACAUAAACUUCACUCAGGAAGAGUGGGUCUUGCUGGAUCCUUCUCAGAAGAGACUCUACAAAGAUGUGAUGCUGGAGACUUACAGGAACCUCACGGCUAUAGAAUACAAAUUGGGAGACUGCAAUAUGGAAGAACAUUGUGAAAAUUCUGAAAUAAAUGAAAGGUAAGUUUCAUGUGCAAUCAGAUACAAAUGUGCCUCUGAGGAAAAUUUUCAUGUGCUUUGGAAAUUUAAGAAAAAGAUAACCUAUAUAAGCACAGGUUUAAGUAUAUUGAUGAGUAAUAAAUUCUCACAGUGCAAUAUACCUCAAUGUGAGGCAGCUGAUCUAUGUUUGAAAGGCAUUUCUCUAAAAAGAAGACAAGGAACCAAUGGCUUAGAAGCUAUCACCAUUUGAAUCAUAGGCCCAUAAGUGUUACUUGGUAGGACUACCAAUCCAUUUAGUUUGAUACCACAGGAAUCACAGAAGGUGUUCACAAAAACUAGGUGCCCAAACUAUCUAAUAAGCACAUAGUUUAUUGGGAAACUCUUGUUACUUAUAUACUUGUACUGUUUUCCAAAGAGGUGAAGUUGACUGUCACAGUCCAGAAGGGGAUUGUUGUGUAGGAAAUUUAAUAGUUAUAUUACAUGUCUAAAAUGUGUAAAAAAUUUAACCUGUAUGAAUGCAAUCUGGAAACCUUUUAGUUUUCUAUUCUUGCUUUAAUACAUAUUUAUUAUGUCACAUAGAUACCAACCACAUUAGCAUAAGAAAUAUGGAAAGAGGCAGUAUAUGUGCCACUUUCUUUCCCAGAAAAAUUAGAAGAUAUUUAGUUGUCCCCACUUUGAGUAGACUCAAGUUUACAAGUAAUUGUGUUUCCAAUGUCAUUGAGAAUAUUUUUUAAAACUCACACUUCAUGAAAACUCUUUGAGGAGUAUAAAAAUUCUUCUGUUUGUCCUGGUUCACUUUGGAAAUGUAGUGUGAUACACAUGAUAGGAAUAUGUUAUGAAUGUAAUGACUGGGGUAAAUAUGUGAUUCUUCCACUACUCUUAAAAGAUGUUUAAAAAAAGUCACAUGGGAAAAGGUUUCUAUAAAUAUGAAUGAUGUACUAAAGGCUCUAACCAUCACUGAUAUAAUCAAAGCCACAAAAGAAUACAUAAUGCCCUGUGACUGUAAACAAUGUGAUUGAACCUUAACCUGUUUCCCAUUUAGAAUUAUGCUAAAUGGUAAAAUUAAACAAUAUAGAUAAAAAGGUUCUCAGUGUAAUCAGUGUGGUACAGUGUUUACACAAGUCAAUUAUCUUUGCAGGCGUGAAAGUGGUCAUCUUCAAGAUAAACCUUAUGAAUAUACUCAGUAUGAUAAAGCCUUCGCACAUCACAGUCAUCUUCAAAGGCAUGAAAGAAUUGGUACUGAGGAGACGCAAAAUGAAUAUAAUCAAUUUGUUAAAGCUGCUGCAUAUCCGAAUUAUCUCCAAAUACAUAAAAGAACACAUACCAGAGAGAAGCUCUUUGAAUGUGAGCAGUGUGGUAAAGCCUUUACAUAUCAGUGUCAUCUCCAAAUGUCUAGUAGAACACAUACUGGAGAGAAACACUAUGAAUGUAAUGAAUGUGGUAAAGCCUUUGUACAACAGUGCUAUCUUCCAGUACAUAAAAGAACCCAUACUGGGGAGAAACCCUAUGAAUGUAAUGGAUGUGGUGAAGCCUUUGCAAGUCAGCAGUAUCUCCAAAUACAUAAAAGAACACAUACUGGAGAGAAAUCCUAUGAAUGUAAAGGCUGUGGUAAAGCCUUUGCUACUCAGCAAUAUCUCCAAAUGCAUAAAAGAUCACAUGCUGGAGAGAAGCACUAUAAAUGUAAUGAAUGUGGUAAAGCCUUUGCAAGUCAGGAUUAUCUCCAAGUGCAUAAAAGAAAACAUACAGGAGAGAAACUCUAUGAGUGUGAUGAAUGUGGUAAAGCAUUUUUACUACUUUAUCAUCUCCAAGCACAUAAAAAGACACAUACUGGAGAAAAACCCUAUGAAUGUAAUGAAUGUGGUAAAGCCUUUGCAAGUCAGUAUUAUCUCCAAAUCCAUAAAAGAGCACAUACUGGUGAGAACCUCCACGAAUGUGAUGAAUGUGGUAAAGCUUUUUUACUACUGAAUCAGCUCCAAGUACAUAAAAGAACACAUACUGGAGAAAAACCCUAUGGAUGUGAUGAAUGUGGUAAAGCCUUUGCAAGUCAGCAAUAUCUCCAAAUCCAUAAAAGAACACAUACUGGAGAG